AUGGACGUGUCAACCCAAACAGCGGUACCAAAGAGGAAUUUCUCACAACAGACGGGUGAAAGCGGUGACUGGGACAUCGAGCAAAAAAAUGUUGGAGCAGUGGUCACGAGAGAACGUUAUGCGAGAGGGGAGAGGGUUGAGGUUAUUCCUAUCAUUAAUCUGGAAUUAAGCAACAAAGGAAAUCAAAACCAAGGAACACAAACAGGAGAAUAUUUAAAAAACAAAGCUGUCCAAACGCUCUGGCAUCUCUAUGAGAUAGAACUAGAGGAGAAGCAUAGAUCGAACAGAAAGAGCGUUAUUGAAUUGAUUGUCAGAAAUCAAUUUUUCAAACGAAUAGAGGAGGAAUUUAGCGUGCCCUCCAUUCUCUCACCCAUUCGAGAAGAGAGGGAGCACAAUAUUGCAGAGGACCCUGAGGACUGGAAAACUUGGAAAGCAGGACAAUUUUUCUGGCAAACCAAGAAAGAAGACAUAAAGAAACAGCCGAUCCGAGAGACGAGUAGUGAUAAGAAGAGAGAAAAGAACGAUGAAAAGGACACAGUCCAGAUAAUGGACAUUGAGAAAAAGAAGGAAGCAAACAAUAAGGAAAAUCAAAGUGCAAAUAUAGAAAAGAAGAGAAAAGAAAACGACGGAGAUGACAAACCAAAAGUAAAAAAAAUGAAAAGGGAAGAUUUAGAAACUCUACAAGAAAAAAAAUGGCUGAAUGAUGAAAUAAUAAAUUCAUAUUUGGAUUUGCUUAGUGAGGAUGAGACUCUCGGUCAUAGGAUAUAUGGAAUGAACUCCUUUUUCUUUCCUCGACUGCACAUCAGUGGCUACCAAGCUAUAAAGAGAUGGACAAAAAAAAUAAAUCUCUUUGAGUUCGACAAAGUGAUCGUUCCCAUUCAUUUGGGCCAUCAUUGGUGCCUCGCGGUCAUCAAUUUCGGAAAUAAGACGAUCAAGUAUUACGAUAGCCUGGGAGGAGAAAAUCGCCAGUAUUUGGAGGAAUUGCUUCAAUACCUGAUGUUGGAGGCGAGCAAGAAAGGGCAAAGAGAUUUCAACAAGGAAGAAUGGAAGCUCGUGAUAAAAAAAAAUAUACCCCGACAACUAAAUACGUACGAUUGCGGGGUUUUUAUCUGUAUGUUUGCGAGGUACGAAGCAGAGGGCAAGAGGGUUGAUUUUGACCAAAGGGACAUGUCUCAGCUGCGCCGGAAAAUCAAAAAAGAAUUGGAGGCCGGAAGUCUCGAGAAAUAA